UAACCAAAGACUAUCAAGUGUCUGUUUUGAAAAUGUCAGUGAGAGAAGAGAUGUUUGGUUAAGUUCAUCGUUACAUACACAUUAACUGUUUAUAUUAAAGAAGAGUAUGGCAGACGAAGCGUUGUUCGAAUACCUUCACUCGGAACUCGUCGCCUAUGCUUUCAAAGAUUGCGAGAAAGAUAAACAGGCAUCGGACCUGUCAACAUUGGAAUACAUUGGAUUUUCGUCAGGAUAUAGAAUUAUUGAAAGGUUAACAAAAGAGUGGCCACGGUUCAAAGAUGAACUUGAUACCAUGAAAUUUAUAUGUACUGAUUUUUGGUCAUCCAUCAAUAAGAAACAGAUUGAUAAUCUAAGGACCAAUCAUCAAGGUGUAUAUGUACUCCAAGAUAAUGCAUUCCGAUUUCUAACUAGACUGUCAACAGGUCGCCAGUAUCUUGAACUAGCUCCUAGGUAUGUAGCAUUCACUUGUGGACUGAUACGUGGUGCUUUGUCUAAUCUUGGUAUCAAUAGUAUGGUGACAGCUGAAGUCCAGUCAAUGCCAGCAUGCAAAUUCCACAUUCAGGUGCAGAGGACAUGACAUCAUGCAACUUAUAGAAGUCAGACAUUGCCACAAUUUUUGUUCUGUGAAUAAUAAAAUGGUAUUUUUUCUGUCCGUGUUGUUGUUGUAACAAUCUUUAAUACACUGUGUUCGAUAACA